AUGCAGGCAUCAGAUAUCGAUACCACGGACGAAAAGUUCCUUACGCCUGAGGGAAGCAACCACUCCGAUGUGGAUUCGCUGAGCUAUGAGCAGCGACGCGAGGAAAUUCGUAUCGCUAACCCACAAGGUGUGACGUCGGUACAGAAUGGCGUCGACGUCGAACAGGCUGAAGAGGACUUUUCGGACUUGAAUAGACAGUUUUCCAGCAUUUCGCACCAAGCCCGUCGGCUAUCAAAGCAUGCCUCUCGGGCAUCUAAACCUACGGCUACUGUCGAUGAGGAGAAGGCAAGAAGCUCAAACGACUCUGACAACACAUGGGAUUUGGAGACUGCUCUUCGGGGCAAUCGCGCUGCUGAGGACGAGGCUGGCAUCAAGGAUAAGCAUAUCGGCGUAAUUUGGGAUGGCCUCACCGUUCGGGGAGUCGGUGGUGUGAAGACUUUCAUCAAGACGUUCCCAGAUGCAAUUAUUGACUUUUUUAAUGUUCCACAAACUGUGAUGAACAUAUUUGGUUGGGGUAAAAGUGGAAAAGAGUACAACAUCUUGGAAGGAUUCCGCGGUUUGACUCGGCCGGGAGAGAUGGUCUUAGUCCUGGGACGACCGGGCUCGGGAUGUACAACAUUUCUGAAGGUUAUUGCCAACCAGCGUGCUGGGUAUACCGGUGUCGACGGCGAGGUCUUGUAUGGUCAUUUUGAAUCAGACGCAUUCUCCAAGAGAUUCCGGGGCGAGGCCGUAUACAACCAGGAGGACGAUAUUCAUCACCCGACCCUAACUGUCUCACAGACUCUGGGAUUUGCUUUGGACACCAAGACCCCAGGAAAGCGUCCGUAUGGAGUGGGAAAGGCGGAGUUCAAGGAAAAGGUGACCAAAAUGUUGCUUCGAAUGUUUAACAUUGAGCACACAGCCAAUACUGUGAUUGGUAACCAGUUCAUUCGCGGUGUCAGUGGUGGUGAGCGCAGAAGAGUGAGUAUUGCCGAAAUGAUGAUCACCAGUGCGACUGUGCUUGCCUGGGAUAACAGUACUCGCGGACUUGAUGCGUCGACUGCGCUUGACUUCGCCAAGUCUCUUCGGAUCCUGACGAACAUCUACAAAACUACCACGUUCGUGUCUCUCUAUCAAGCCUCUGAAUCCAUUUACAAUCAGUUCGACAAAGUUCUCGUGAUAGAUAGUGGACGAUCUGUGUUUUUCGGUCCCACUAAUGAGGCGCGAGCCUAUUUCGAGGACCUCGGUUUCCGGGCAAAGCCUCGACAGACGACGCCGGACUAUCUCACGGGAUGCACAGAUCCUUUCGAAAGAGAGUUUAAAGAUGGAAGAAGUGCCGACGAUGUGCCAUCGACACCAGAGGCUCUGGCUGAUUCUUUUGAAGAAUCUACUCACAGCAAACGACUCGAUGAAGAGAUGCAGGCCUAUCGUGCACAGAUCCAGCAUGACAAGCAAAUUUUCGCAGAUUUUGAACUCGCCAACCAAGAAGCCAAGCGGAAGUUUACUCCAAAGUCAUCUGUGUACUCCAUUCCUUUUCAUCUUCAAAUCUGGGCCUUGAUGCAACGGCAAUUCUUAAUCAAGUGGCAAGAUAAGUUUGCUUUGACGGUCUCUUGGGUCACUUCAACUGGAAUUGCAAUCAUUCUUGGUACCGUCUGGCUGAAGCAACCGGAGACUAGCGCUGGUGCAUUUACUCGAGGAGGUCUACUGUUCAUCAGUAUGCUGUUUAAUGGAUUUCAAGCCUUUGCAGAACUCGCGUCCACUAUGAUGGGACGUUCAAUUGUCAACAAACAUCGUUCAUUCACAUUCUACCGCCCGAGCGCUCUUUUCCUGGCCCAAAUCUUCGUGGAUACCGCGUUCGCGGCUCUCAGAAUUAUAGUCUUCAGCAUCAUCGUCUAUUUCAUGUGUGGUCUGGCUUUGGACGCUGGGGCCUUUUUCAUCUUCGUGCUCUUCGUUCUUAGCGGAUACGUGUGCAUGACUGUGUUCUUCCGAAUAAUUGGAUGUGUGAGCCCCGACUUCGAUUAUGCGAUGAAAUUUGCGGCUGUCUUGAUCACCCUUCUCGUGUUGACAUCGGGCUAUCUGAUUCAAUGGUCCAGUGGCCAGGUGUGGCUGAGAUGGAUCUUCUACAUUAAUCCGUUUGGGCUUGGGUUUUCCUCACUGAUGAUCAAUGAGUUCACUCGUUUAACGAUGACAUGUGUAUCGGAGUCUUUGGUGCCUCAUGGUGCCGGCUAUGAUGACAUCGCUCACCAAGCUUGCACUCUCGCUGGUGGUGCUUCAGGCUCCGACAUCAUCCCCGGAUCUAAUUACCUUGCCACAACCUUCAGCUAUCAAAAGUCGGAUCUGUGGCGAAACUUUGGCAUCAUGCUUGCACUAAUUGUCGGCUUCCUUGCUAGCAACCUGUACUUUGGAGAGGCCAUCCAGUUUGAUGCUGGUGGCAAAACAAUCACCUUCUUUCAAAAAGAGAACAAGGAGCGGAAGAAAUUGAACGAGGCUCUAGCGAAAAAGAGGGCUAACCGCCAAUCAAAGACUGUCGAAGCCGGAGCCAAUGUUCAGAUCACCUCGAAAUCAGUUUUCACCUGGGAGAACGUUUGCUAUGAAGUACCUGUCCCCUCUGGUACUCGACAACUGCUUAACUCCGUUUACGGUUAUGUUCAACCAGGAAAAUUAACAGCUCUCAUGGGCGCAUCAGGCGCAGGCAAGACAACAUUAUUGGAUGUUCUGGCUGCACGAAAGAAUAUCGGUGUAGUUACCGGAGAGAUUCUGGUAGAUGGGAAACCUCCGGGCACAGCUUUCCAGCGAGGUACAUCGUAUGCUGAACAGCUGGAUAUGCACGAGGCAAUGCAAACUGUGCGAGAGGCUUUGCGCUUCUCUGCCGAUCUUCGACAGCCGUUUGAAACCCCACAAUCUGAGAAGUACGCUUACGUUGAGGAAAUCAUCGGCUUGCUUGAGCUAGAGAAUCUGGUUGAUGCAAUCAUCGGCACCCCGGAAACUGGCCUUUCGGUUGAGGAGCGGAAGAGAGUGACCAUUGGUGUUGAAUUGGCAGCCAAGCCGGAGCUUCUACUAUUCUUGGAUGAGCCUACAUCUGGUCUUGAUAGUCAGUCGGCUUUCAAUAUUGUUCGCUUCUUGAAAAAACUGGCGACGGCUGGUCAAGCUAUUCUUUGCACCAUCCACCAGCCUAACUCGGCAUUGUUCGAAAACUUUGACAGACUCUUGCUCCUCCAGAGGGGUGGCCAGUGUGUGUACUUUGGUGAAAUCGGUUAUGAUUCCCAAAUCCUGCGGGACUACUUCCAUAAGAAUGGUGCCGAUUGCCCUGAAGACGCUAACCCUGCCGAGUGGAUGCUCGAUGCUAUUGGUGCAGGGCAAACGCGACGAAUCGGCGAUCGGGAUUGGGGUGACAUCUGGCAAAAUUCGUCUGAGUUGGUGCAGGUGAAGAAAGAUAUCAUUCAGAUCAAAGCAGACCGCGCUCAGUUGAACCAAGACCAGGCAGACCAGGUUGGAUCUCCAAUCGAAAAAGAGUAUGCCUCGCCAAUGUGGCAUCAAAUCAAAGUGGUCGGUCGACGAACCUUCCUUUCCUUCUGGCGAUCCCGAAACUACGGAUUUACUCGACUAUUCACUCACGUCGCUCUGGCUUUGAUUACUGGAUUGGCUUUCCUACAGCUUGAUGAUUCCCGUUCUUCGCUGCAGUAUCGGGUCUUCGUUGUCUUCAACGUGACCGUCCUUCCAGCGAUCAUUCUUCAGCAGGUCGAGCCACGUUUCGAUAUGGCCCGACUGAUCUUCUACCGAGAAUCCGCUUCCAAAACCUAUAGCCAAUUCGCCUUCGCACUAUCCAUGGUUCUCGCUGAGAUUCCCUACAGUCUGCUAUGUGCUGUCUGUUUCUACUUGCCAAUCUACUACAUCCCCGGUUUCUCAUCCGAAUCCAGCCGCGCCGGCUACCAGUUCUUCAUGGUCCUCAUCACUGAGUUCUUCGCCGUGACUCUGGGCCAAAUGAUCUCAGCCUCAACGCCUAAUAGCUUCAUUGCCUCUCAGCUGAACCCGCCACUCGUCAUCAUUUUCUCCCUAUUCUGUGGUGUCACGAUUCCCAGACCACAGAUGCCGAAAUUUUGGCGUUCUUGGCUCUACCAGCUUGAUCCGUUCACUCGGCUGAUCAGUGGCAUGGUCGUCACAGAGCUGCAUGGGCGCAAGGUGGAAUGCGCAAGCUCCGAGUACAAUCAGUUCACUGCUCCCGAUAACCAGACCUGUGGUGAAUACAUGGCCUCCUUCUUUGAGCGUGGAGGAGCUGGGUAUCUGUUGGAUAAUGCGACACAGACAUGCGAGUACUGUGCAUAUAAGGUUGGAGACCAGUUCUACGAGACUUAUGAGAUGAAUUUCGACAAUAGGUGGCGGGAUCUGGGAAUUUUCCUUGCGUUUGUUGGGUCUAAUUUGAUCAUAUUAUUCCUCGCGUCCCGAUUCCUCAACUUCAACCGGAGAUAA